AUGUAUUCCCGCCGGAUCCUACAACAGCCACUGCGCGCAGCUAUCACCAGCGCGCCUGUCUUGACUCGGUUCUCCGUCCGGAAUGCCAGCACUACCGCGAAUGCGAACACCUCGGCCCAACCCUCGCGAUGGAGGCGCCGCCUAAUUUACGCUGGUAUAUUCGGAACCCUUGGCAUGAGUGCUGGAAAAUGGAUGGACAGCAAAUUCGCGGAACCGCCACUUCCAGGAACUAUCGAGGACCAGGCAGAGCUCGAGCACAUUCAGCGCGCCUAUGAGAUCGGUCUUCCGAUUGUGCAGCAGUUGCGACAAAAUCCCGAUUUUACGGAAAAGGACGUUUACGAAAACUUCUCGGAUGAUCAUAAGACACAUCGGCUCACCUCUGGACCACUUGCUGGAAGCAGAGGCUUGGGCAUGCAAAAAGUAUUUUGGAACGACAAAGAGAAGAAGCUCGUUAGCGUUGUCUUCUUUGGGACUGGCAUCGAAGGGUGGCCAACCAUGGUGCACGGAGGUGCGCUUGGCACUGUGAUCGAUGAGAACCUCGGACGUGCUGCUAUUCGACAUUUCCCGGCUCGUACAGGGGUCACGGCGAACCUCAAUAUUAACUAUCGCGCCCCUGUCUACUCGGGCAACUUCUAUUCCCUCCACACCACGCUGGACCAGGAGCAGAGCACCGACGCAAAGGCAUUUGCCAAGUGCGAGCUGCGUGACAUGACCGGACGCCUUUGCGUCGAAGCGAGUGGUCUGUUUGUUGUCCCAAAGAAGCUCAAGCUCAAAGAAGUCGGGGAGCACUUUUGA